CCUCCUUGCAUUUAUGCCAGAGACGUCGCCAGUGCUAUGGCAUUUGGAUUAUGUAGAUCCAAAAUGAUGAAUGGGAUUGUGGCACUCCACUCGCUGCCAAUGCGGAAGGAUGCCGCCGAAAAGAAGGGAACGCUGCUUCGCUCCGCUGGAUGCGUCGGAUCCCGUAUAACAAGGGAUCUUUUUAACAACAAAUUCAAACAUGUGGUCGCAAAAUGCUAUCCAGCUCUUUUGUUGCGUAGCAAUAGAAGCCUGCUUAUGAUGCAUUGGCGGCGCUUUUUCGCCUUCUCUUUGCUCUGGACAGGAGCACUAGUGGGCACGGGGAGGGAGCAGGCGAAGCGUGUCAUUCGUAAUGAACAGAAAGAUACCAUUACUUCGCCUCUUUGUUGGAGCGCCGGCGCGAACACAGUGGUAUCUGACCAGGACCAGAAACUGAUUCGAAUUUGGAUCUUGACAUGUCGGUGGUUUUUAACCGUGGGCAUCAUGCCAGGAAGUUGGUGGGCUUAUCAUGAAUUAGGUCGGGGUGGCUGGUGGUUUCGGGAUCCCGUAGAAAAUGCUUCUUUUAUGCCUUGGGUAUUAGCCACAACUCGUAUUCAUUCUAUAAUUCUACCCCUUCUUCAUUCUUGGAUCUCGGUUCUUAAUAUUGUGACUCUUCCAUGCUGUGUCUCAGGAACCUUCUCAAUACGGUCCGGAUUGCUAGCUUCCGUUCAUAGUUUUGCUACAGAUGAUACACGAGGAAUCUUUUUAUGGCGGUUCUUCCUUCUAAUGACCGGCAUAUCUAUGAUUCUUUUCUCCCAGAUGAAGCAGCAGGCAUCGGUCCGUAGAACUUAUAAAAAAGAGAUGGUUGUGGCGCGAAGUACUCUUGUGUACCUCAUAUAAAAUAGCGUGAGAGAAAGAGAUCUAUAGUCGGUCUCUUUCAAAGCGAAGAACAAAGGACCUUCGACGAUGAAGGAGAAGAAGGAGUAGUGCCCCUCGGGACAAUUCCUUUUUCUUUGUUCUCUGUUCCGUUCCUGAUGUUCAACUAGUCAUUAAUGGUAGGCUUCAUUGGUACUACCCUUUCUUUUUUUGGUAUGCCGCUCCGCGAGCAAGGAGCGAAAGAACCAAGUGGGUUGUGGUCAUGUCAGAAUUUGCACCUAUUUGUAUCUCUUUAGUGAUCAGUCUGCUAGUUUCUUUGGUCUUAUUGGGUCU